GUGGAGCAGGGAAGUCUGGGUUGGUUUCUGAAUUAUUUGCUAAUGAAUAUUAUGCUAAACCUAAGAAACAAAAAUCAGGAUCUAAUUGGUGGGAUGGGUAUAAGAGACAUGAGAUAGUUCUUUUUGAUGAAUGGUAUACAUCAAUGGAUUGGAAUGAUAUUGUAAAAUAUUUGAAUGAUACUCUGGAGAAUGUUGAGCAAAAAGGCAAGAUAUUUGUGCCUUUUCUUGCUAAGUAUGUCUUUAUGACAUCUCACAAACCACCAGAAGAAGCUUUUAAUUUUCGAAAACAUAAUAUAAAUGAAGAGAUGUCAACUCAACAUGAUUGGGGUCAAUUUUAUCAUCGUCUUGAUUACGUUAUCGAAUUUAAGGGUAUAUGGCAUGAUAAAAUAGAUCUUUGUACUAUUGAGUUAAUAUUUAAUAAAAGUUCAGAAGAAAAAUUUCGAAACAUGACAUGGGAUGUAAAAUAUCGUAAAGGUGAAUUUACAUCUGAGGAACUAAAGGCUGUGGUGCAGGAAUUGAACAAAAAUCAAGAUAGUGAAGUGAUUAUUAAAGCUGACAAUCAAGUUUACUGGCGUCGUUGUUUUCCUGAGUUCAAAAAGAAUUAUCUACGUGAUUAUCCUAGAUGCCACAAGCUUUCUGAUUACAAACAGAAGCUUCUACAACAAUCACAAUUAGUUUUAUAUUCAACUCGAUUGAAACAUCGUAUUGAAAAAUUUUUAAAUGAUUCAGAUCAUAAUGAUAUAAAUAUACCAAAUUCUCAUAUGAUGCUUGAUGAUAAUUAUUUUGUUCAAAAACUUGUAAAGGUUAUAGAAAUAACCAAUGAGUAUGCUAGUAGUCAAGGUCAAUUAUUUUUAACACAACAAGAAAUUAUAGAAAAGCAAAAUGAAGAAAGCUAUCAUCUCAAUAAAGAGAAUAAGUAA